AAUCUCUUUGGCUGUGGGCAUCCGGCGUCCUCCAUCUUGAAAUUUGUUUAGCGAUUAGCAAGUUGACUUUUUAUUCUGUGAGAGAUAUCGAAAUAAAAAGCAAUAUAAAGGCGGAUAUUAAUAGAUAGACUCCAAAAAUAACGCGAGGCGAUGUCGGAUAAAAAACGUCUACUGAAUGAUCUCAGAGUAAUAGAUUUGAGAGCCGAGUUAGAAAAGCGUAACCUCGACAAAAGUGGCGUCCGCGGCGUGCUCAUUCAACGUUUGGCGAAGCAUUUGGAGGAGGAAGGAAAUGACCCAGCCUCGUUCAAGUUCGAGCUGACUGUUAGUGAAACCAAAACACCGUCGAAGAGAACGAGGCGAUCAGAAAGCAACAUAGAACACGAGUCUGAAGAGACUCCUGCUAUGGAAGACAUGAUAGUACAAGACGACGCCGGAGAAGAAGAGGACUCUGAACCAUUAGCCAAAAAAGAGAAAAUAAAUAACAGCCAACCAAAUACUGAACCCAAAAUGGAAGUUGAAGAGGGCGAAAAAGUGAACAGGAAAAGAGAAUCAAAGGAGGAGCCCGAAUCCUCCCAAGCCAAGAAGCCAUGUAUUAUCAAAGAUGAUAAAAAUGAUGAAGAUCCUAAACUUGAAAACAACACUGAUGCAGAAGACAGUAUCAAUUUGGAUAUUGGUGAUGAUGAAUUGCUUAAUGAGGAGACUGAUAACAACCCUAAAGCCAGCAAGAAAGAUGACGGCGAGUGUGACGAGUCGGCCGAGACUACGGAUGAAAAGCCCGCUACAGACGACGCAGCAGCAGGCGGCAACACGGCGCCCGCUGACGACCAACAAGUAAAACCAGAAGCCUCCGCCACUAGCAAUGAGGGCGAGAAACAAGACAAAGGACAAAAAGACGAGAAAGAUAAAGAAGGCGAAAGUGAAAAGAGGGAGAAAAAAGGGGAGGAAAGCAAAGAGGGUGGAGCAAGGAACUUGUGGGUCAGCGGACUUUCGGGCGACACGCGCGCCCGCGACCUGAAGCAGCUGUGCAGCAAACACGGCAAGGUGAUUGGAGCUAAAGUGGUCACUAAUGCUAAAACACCAGGAUCCAGAUGCUAUGGUUAUGUCACCAUGGCGAGUGCGCAAGAUGCUGAGAACUGCAUCAAAAACCUACAUAGAACAGAGCUUCACGGGCGAAUGAUUUCUGUAGAAAAAGCUAAAUCCGAAUCAGAGUCGUCAUCGCGUCGACAACCAUCAAUUCGCGCGGAACGACGACCUAGCAAAGAACGGAAAGAAGAAAAUAAGGAGCAUGAGGAUGGCAAGGAAUCUGAGAAAAGCGAAAUUAAGCCGAAAAAAGAAGGUGAAUUAUCUGGCGCUGAAAGCACAAGGUCAACAUCUCGCACACGGGAGAAAUCACACCGGUCUGAUAAGGACAGGACCAGACGCAGCACUCGGAGUCAUGAGAGGAAGAGGUCACCAAAAGAAGUACUGUCUUUCUCAAAGAUUUGGAAGGAGCGCGACGUGGCGCGCGCGCGGUCACGGUCUCGAGCGGCGCGCGAGGAGCAGCGCCGGCGCCGCGCCGCCGAGGACGCACUGCGCGAGCGCGAGCGGCGCCAGCGGCAAGAAAAGCACCGCCUCGCCAUCGAACGCGAGAAGCUGCGCGCUGAGAGAGAAAAAAUUGAGCGUGAAAAGAAUGAACUAUUGAGGUUGGAACGCGAACGGCACAGGCUCGAGCGUGAGAAAUUAGAACUGGAGAGAUUGGAACUCAAAAGGGCACAACUUAGAUUGGAGGAAGAGCGGCGCAAGCGCGGUUACGAGAGCAGCGCGUACCGCAAGGCGGGCAGCCCGCCACCUGAGCCCGCGUACGAGCGCGACGCACGCGACGUGCGCGACACCCGCGACGCGCGGCACAAACGCCCGCCGCCGCCGCCUAUGUCAUCGAGCCGUAGUCAGUUCGAGGCGCCGCCGCCGCCGCGUUUUGAGAUGAGCACCAGCUACGACCGCGGCAGCGAUAAGCGCGAGCGAGAUCGCGAUUACAAGCGGGAUUACCCUCGCCACGUGUCAUCUAGCAACAUGAAGUACUCCAGUAACGGCGGAGGUGGCGACGACGCGCGUCAGCCUAUGCCGCCCGGCACCAGACCUAAGGAGCCAGGCCGCUCGUACGAGUCGCGCGACAGCCGCUCAUACCGUCCCUCGCCACCCGCUAAGCCCGAGCCGCGCAACUGGAAUGUGGCUAACAGAUAUCCAGACUCGGCUCCAGCCUCUAAAGGUGGUGGUGGGUCGGGCGGUGACGCGUGGUCGGGCGGCGAGACGCGAUAUGCGGGGUACGAGACGCGCUACACGGCGCAUGCGCCGCAGUACCAGCCGCCGCCGCCCGGUGCGCCCUACCCCGAGCGAUACGCGCCGCACGCCGCGCACGCGCCGCCCACACGCGACUACCCGCGCAAGUACUAGCACACAGAUGACAUUAGAUUGCCGGUCCCUUGAGGGAGGAUGUGAUAUAUUACUUCAGGU